AAGAUUCAAUGCCAAGCAUUUAAAUUAGCCACGUGACACAAUGAUGGUACCUAACUCCCUUGUAAAUUGAUAAGAGCUGUGACAUAGGGAUAGUCUGGAGGCCUUUCCAUCUCAAUUUGAGUCACUUUAGCUUGUAUUGUUGUAUCAUCAGAUUACCAGGUAAUUUCCUUUCCAAUGUAUCGUUUCCAAACAUGUGAUUCUCUUACCCCACGCGAUUGCGGCUGAGACCAUCCUUCGGAUCUUAUCAGCAUAACCCAAUUCAACGAGACGUUAUUCCAACUGCUCAGUACCUUCAUUACCUGAGACCAUUUGAAAUCUUUCAGUCAAUCAAUCGUCGCCCUCAAGCCCGCUGAGAACCCGCCGCUCCCCGCUCCGCCACAAUGUGCGAAACCACCUCAAUCACCCUCGAAGUCCUAACAACAGGAUCCCUGCGUUGUCGUCCCUCAAUGCUUUCCCAGCCCGCCACCCGCUCCAUCUUUCUUCGUCGACUUCGAGUAAUAACAGAUACGUCCUGGUCGCAAUACAUCCCCAUCCACGUGUUCCUGAUCUCACAUCCCGAGGGGUACAUUUUGUUUGAUACGGGAAUGAGUCCGAACUGUAACGAUUGGGGAUACUUCCCGCUUUGGAUGCCAACUUUCAGGAUGACGGCUCAGAUGUUGAUUGAUAAUGAGGAGGGAGUAGGAGAACAGUUGAGGAGUAGAGGCAUUGUGAUUGGUGGGGAGGAGGCGGGAGUGGGAAGUGGGAAUGGGAAGAAGUUGAAAGCUGUGGUUGUCAGCCAUCUGCAUCACGAUCAUGCUGGAGGCUUGAAUGACGUUGUACCUGGUGCCCCAGUCUUUGUCACGAAAGAGCAUUGGGAAUUUGAGAAUGAAGAUCGACUAAAUGCUCUGAUCGAUGGUGCCGUCCCAGAACGCUGGCCUAAGGACUGGACUCCUAAUUUUCUUGAGCCUUCCGGUCCGCCAAUCGGUCCUUGGGAGAAGAGGUAUCCAAUUACGAGUGAUGGGAGGAUAGUGGCUGUCGAUACACCAGGUCACAAUCCUGGGCACGUUAGCUUGAUUGUGUACGGGGAUGAAGCGACAUACUUCUUGACGGGAGAUGCAACGUACAGUCUCGAAUCACUUGACAAAGAGGAAACAGACGGGGUAAUUAGUACCCCGUUGAUAGCGGUAGAGAGUGUGAAGAAGAUUAAGGAGUUUUGUCGUGGGACGAAAUGCGUCGUUUUGCCGAGUCACGACAGAGAAACGAUCAAGAGGGCGAAGGAGAAAGAAGUUUAUGUACCGACGACAUUAUGACGAGGAGGCUGAAAACUGUUGUACACCCGAUCUCCGAAGUCCGGAGGAGAUGUUCUAGUGACAGUUGCACAACGAGGCGGAUUUUCGUCCGACGAAGUUCCGAGUCAAGUUACAGUACCGUUUUCGUAUCCGUUUUGGUGUAUGCCGAAAUUCUGUGAGGGGUAGAGUCUCGAAUUGUUCCUAAUUGUACCCUUAGGUCUUCUCUCUGUUGCGAGUCCUCCAUAGCAGCAGUGAGCAACCCUCUGUCAAAUUCGUCGUGAGGGCGUCCACCCUCGUAGAAGUGAGUGGCUAAUCACAG